AUGUGGUUUCUGUUCUCUUCUGUAGAAGAAAGUGCUACUGAUUUGUGCUGUGUAAUCUCCAGUCUUGUUCAAGUGAUGAUGGCUUUGUACAGCAAUACAAUGUCAGGGUUUCAGAGCUUUAUUCAGGAGUGGGUAAUUGGAGGACAUGGCUUUUUGGAUUGUUGUAACCACUUACAUAAAAGUGACAAGGAAGAAGCUCCUGUUUUUCUGCUCUUGCUAAAUUGUGUUUGGCAGUUGGUACAACAGUAUCCUCCAGCAUUUGAGUUCACAGAAACUUACUUAACUGUCUUGUCAGACAGCCUCUAUGUGCCUAUUUUUAGCACUUUCUUCUUCAACUCGCAACAUCAAAAAGACACUAAUAUGACUGGUGAAAGCCUCAAGACACAAAGCGGUCCUUUCAGAUUUCUUACUGUGUGGGACUGGUCUGUGCAGUUUGACCCCAAGGCCCAGGAUUUCCUGAACAGCCCUCUUUAUGCAGAGAAGCCAAAACCAGAUAAAAGUCAAUGGAAAACUGCACGAUUCAGACAUCUAUGGCAACUUUCUUUACCAUUGACACAAACAAAAUCUUCCCUGAAGAGAGGAUUUUUCAGGUAGGAAACAGAUCAUUUAAUUAAAAACAUUCUGCGUAAAAGAAUUGGCAAGUUCAUAAAUUCUUCAGAUGAACCCCCUAAUAGCUUCAGGGAAUUUUAUCAUAGCUGGCAUAGUAAACCUGUUGACUAUCAUGGUCUUUUGUUACCUUGCAUCGAUGGCCCUGAAAUCAAAGUCUGGGCACAACGGUAUUUACGAUGGAUUCCUGAGGCCCAGCUUCAUGGUGGUGGUACAAUAGCCACAGCUGCCAAGAUUUUGGACUUGAUGGAGAAAGUGCAAAGCUUGCAGGUGAAAAUGAAUGAAGAACAUAGUCAAGCUAUUUCCGGAGACAUACAUGCUGUUCCAAUGCUGAGAAAUUCUGCCUGUUUGUCAUCCUUGUUUCCAUUUGCUUUACUUCAGAGACAGUCUAUCAAACCAGCUUUACACACUAGCACCUGGAAAGACUUGGAAGAUGAAGAUGACUUGGUCAAGAGGGAUGAUGAAUUUGUUGAUCUAAGUGGUGAUAUGUCAUAAAGUGUAUAUAAAUUAAAGUAUGAAUUGUA